UCUAUUCUUGGUAUAGCAUUUGUUCGAUUGGGAUUUUUGCCUUGACCGACAUAUAGUAUCGGUGGCAUUCCAUCCAACAACAUCAUCUCAUCCAUGAGCAACCAACAAACAAAGCUGGGGGGGGGGGGGGGGAAUAAAGAGAAAGGAACGGGGAAUGAUGGAUUAGAACCGGCGGUGCUGUACCCAGUGCCAUCAGCGUCGUCAUUCGUUUCUUUGCGAUCGUCGAAACAAGUAUGGAUGGGUAGAAUGAGACAAUCGAGAUCCUCCGUUUUCAUCGUCUUGUUCAUCUGCUGCUACUGUUGGCGCUGGCCUUUAGAAGUCGACGGGUCCCAUGUCGGCGAGAAUCUGGCCGAUUUCGCCUGGAAUCUAAUAGGAGCCAUCAGCCGUAUUCGUCGGGGUAACGAUGACGCACUCGAUCGGGACGACCAAUCCGCUCCUUCCGCUCUUCUGGACGACCCUCGCUUCCUCUACACGACUUUGUACAGGGAUGACGACGGAGAUGAGAAGUCGAGAAACGAAGAAGGUGAACGCUCGGCGACGUCGGAUCCCGUGACGUCCCGCUCCCAUGGCAACGCGUUUCCUUUGCUCCGGGUGUGGGAUAUCCUUGAAAUUGAGCACAGGCUCCGCCAUCUCCGAAAAGCCGGCCGACGGUCCGUCAUUGAUGGCCACGGUGCAAUCGAUGAAUCCUCCGCCUCGGUAGCAGCGGCGGCGGCGGCGGCGGCUCCAUCUGCCACGGAGAAGAUGGGUGGAGCAAUGCAAGGAGGAGAAAGAGGAGGAUGCAAUAUGGCCGACAAUCGGGACGACUCCUCCGCCGGGAGAUCGCCGAGUUCCGCGUGCCCUUCCUCCAUCCAGCGGUCGCCUCGGCAAGUAGCUGAAGAAGAUUUGGAACCCUACGUCCCUUAUCUGGGCUACAUUUUCUACAGUUUUCCCGUUUUCUCCUUCACGCUACCUUUCGGCGGACAGUUGAAGCUCUUUGGCUACGAUUUCAUUUGAACAAGAAAAUUGAAAAUAAAAAAUCCGCUGGGAAGUGGGAACCCGGCAGCCCAGGAAAGGAAAAGAAAAACAAGGUAAAGAAUACGGUCGUCAAACAUUUUUCAACAGACUUUUAAAGGUGGCAGAGUCCAACACAAAUGUGACGUCACUGGUCUACGUGGUCUAUUGGGUGGCGCAAAACUGUUGGAUCCCCUUCAUUUCUCUCCUCUCUCUCGUAUCAUCGCUUCAUCAUCUCUAGAAUAUUACUGGCCAAAAUAUUUUUCAAUUUCUUCGUUUUUUAUUUUUUUUUAUUUGUUUUUCCUUGUUUAUUUUCUUGUUCCCCUUCGUCGUCUUUCUUGUAUACCUUUUUGCUGCCUCUCUCCAGUUCAAUAAAAAUGCGACAAUUA